UAUGGCCUUCUCCCUUCGGUUCGCACCAAAAAACCUCGCCCGAGCUCCCGUGUUCCGCUGCCCUUCCGCCACCCCAGCUGCCGUCUCCGCCCGCUUCUCGAUGGCGGCUCCGCCACUGCGGGUGGGCGUGGCCCAGAUGACCUCCACCAACGACCUCGAAGCCAAUUACAACACUUGCUCUCGUCUCGUCAAGGAGGCUGCUGCUGCUGGAGUGAAUUUGCUUUGUCUUCCUGAGAGCUUUUCCUUUGUAGCUGCCAAGGAUGGAGAGUCUCUUAAAAUAGCUCAACCUUUAGAUGGGCCAAUAAUGCAGAGAUACUCCUCACUUGCACGAGAAUCAAAUAUUUGGCUGUCACUUGGAGGAUUUCAAGAGAAAGGACCUGAUGAUUCCCAUCUGUAUAACACCCAUGUUUUGCUUGAUUCUUCUGGAAAUAUCAGAAAAACAUACCGUAAAAUACACUUGUUUGAUGUGGAUGUCCCUGGCAGUAUGGUAUACAAGGAGAGUGAUUCCACAGCUGCAGGUGAAUCUAUUGUAGUGGCGGAGAGCCCUGUUGGGCUCCUUGGUCUUACUGUCUGUUAUGACUUGAGAUUUCCAGAGCUUUAUCAACAGCUGCGUUUUCAACACCAUGCACAGAUUCUGUUGGUGCCAUCAGCUUUCACAAAGGUAACAGGGGAGGCACAUUGGGAAAUUCUUCUUCGGGCGCGGGCUAUUGAGACGCAAUGCUAUGUUGUUGCUGCGGCUCAAGCUGGAAGACACGGUGAGAAGAGAGAAAGUUAUGGUGAUUCUCUAAUUAUUGAUCCAUGGGGAGUAGUUAUAGCUCGACUUCCAGAUCGAUUGGCAACAGGAGUUGCAGUAGCUGACAUCGACCUCUCGAGGAUUGAUUCUGUUCGAAGGAGGAUGCCAAUCGCCCAACAUCAGAGGAUAGGCAGUUGCUUAAAAACCCAAUCUGUAUGAAUUGCAUUGGAUUAUUGCAUUGUAGCCAUGUAUUUAUUUAUACAUGGAAUUACCAUGACAAGUUUAAACUCUCCUAAAUGUUUUAGGAGGCAUAAAAUGCCAUUGUCACCUAAAUAUGGAGGGGAAUAAUGCAACUUUUCCAUGAAUCAAGAAUGUGAAAAUGGUGAUAUGCAUAUUUGCGCAAUUUUGCGAUUUU